CAUGCUUCUACUUCUUCCGGACGGUUGGACUUUUCUGUUGCCGUCGCCUUCUUCUUCUUCUUCUUCUUCUUGCAAGAAUCACCUGAAGAUGCCGCCGCCUCCAUGAACGCAGCAGCGCCCGAGCCAUGUUGAAGCUCCACCAGCUUCAGCUCGCCACAACCCCUCACCGCCGCCCCGUCCCUCGCCGACCCAUUACCGCCGGCAGCUCCCCGAUCACGCCGCAUCAGCCAUUGCCGCCCAAUCCCUCCCUCCGCUCCCCACCUGGCGCCCGCCUCCGCGCUUCCCGGCGCGUCUCCGAUUUCCCUCAGGGGGGUGGCGGCGGGAGUUUGGUGGGUGGCGCCGCCGCCUCCAGGAACUGGAGCCGGGCCAUCGACUCGGUGUACGGCGGCGGCCGGGAGGACGACGACGGCGGCGAGGACGGCAGCGAUGAGGAUGAGGAUCGGAGCUUGGACCUGUUGGUUAGGUUUGUUCAGAACGUGUUCAGGAAGACCUCCAGGAGGGCGAGGAAGGCCGUGCGGUCGGUUCUGCCCGUUUCGAUCUCGACCCAAUUGGUCAGCUUUUCCGUGAAUGGAAUCCUGAUUUUGGCAUUUCUGUGGGUCUUGAAGGCAUUUCUGGAGGUUGUAUGUACCCUUGGAAGCGUUGUGUUUGUUAGCAUCUUGCUGAUCCGUGCAGUGUGGUCUGGGGUUACUUACAUGCAAGAAAACAGAAGUUAUAAGAUGAAUGAAGCUGAUGACGAUCAUCGUGCAUGGACCGGGGCGCAGCCAGUUACGUAGUUCUUGUGCACCCAACCGAACUGGAAAUUGUGCGGGAAGGAUCGAGAAGGCAAUAGCAUCAUCCUUCCCAAGAGCAAAUUCAUAGAUUACCAUCGAUUAUUCUCGUGCCAAUUCAUUUCUCAGCAGCUAUGCGUCCUUGCAUACGGUUACUAGGGGACGUGUAUUUCUCAGCAGCUAUGCGUCGUAUAAUCCCCUGCUUGUGUCAAUCGGGAUGAAAGGCGGCAUGUGUAUUUGCAUGUCGGAACGGUCCUUCUCCGAUUCUUGUCUGCUGAGAAUAAGAGGUAAAGAAUACCUCUCUUGGUUAGACUUAAGGUACAUGCCCCAUUUUUUUGUGACCCUGUACUAGCUGCUCCUUUUUAUUUUUCUUUAUAUUGUACUGAGCUUAGUUUAAGAUUACAGGAUAUCUUCAACGGCUUACCUACUUUUGAAUAUUGGUAAUAAAUGAAGGACCACAUGAGGUGUCUUUGUUUU